AUGGAAUCCGCACCCGCCCCGAUCACCACCACAACAACCACCGCACUACAAGACAGAGUAGCCAUUGUUACCGGCGCAUCUCGAGGUAUAGGCAAAGCAAUCGCCCUCCACUUAGCCUCACUCGGCGCAAAACUCGUCAUCAACUACUCUUCUCCAUCUUCCCAAUCCCUCGCCGAACAACUCGUUUCCCAAAUCAAUUCCCUCUCUUCUUCCUCCUCCUCCUCCACAACCCCACGAGCAAUCGCCGUUCAAGCCGACAUCUCCGACGAAACUCAAGUCAUUAGCCUCUUUAACACAACCGAACAAACCUUCAAUACUUCCCCCCACAUCCUCGUCACUUCCGCUGGCGUCCUAGACUCUUCUUACUCCACCAUCUUCGAUCUCGAUGUCUCCGAAUUCGAUCGCAUCUUCUCCGUCAACACUCGCGGGACAUUUCUGUGCAUCAAGGAGGCGGCUAAGAGGAUUAAGCGUGGUGGAGGAGGGCGAAUAGUGACUAUAUCCUCGUCAUUGGCGGCAGGUUUUAGGGAGAAAUUUGGAGCUUAUACGGCAUCAAAAGCGGCCGUGGAAGCCAUGACGAAGAUACUGGCGAAGGAAUUGAAAGGAAGUGGGAUAACUGUGAAUGCGGUAGCGCCUGGACCGAUUGCUACAGAGAUGUUUUAUGCAGGUAAGACAGAAGAAAUGGUGCAAAGGGCCAUUGAUGAGAGUCCAUUAAAGAGAUUAGGGAAGGUGGAGGAUGUUGCUCCUGUUGUUGGGUUUUUGGUUAGUGAUGGUGGUGAAUGGGUUAAUGGUCAGAUUAUUAGGGUUAAUGGUGGUUAUAUUUAAUUUCCCAAUAAUUUGGGGAUUUUUAUUGAUGUGAAAUUGAUCAAGUAUAUGUGGGUUUUAUACUUGCAUCAUCAUCAAUCAUUUCAUCUCACCCGUAUAAGCUAUGAUCAAGGUUUAAUCAUUAUAUUUCGCCUCUAGAAACUAUUAAUCAUGGUUCGAAAAGGUAUUAUGCCCGAAUUUCUUGUACUUUGUUACAAGUGAAUAAAUUAAUAACAUUGUAUAAAGAUAUCUUGGAUGAAAUUAAUUGUAGUAAUUUAGGUGUGUGUUUUAGUUGCUUGUUGAUGUUAUCCAAAGAUUUUUACUCCUACUAGUUGUUCAAUUGUAUUGUUAUUAGAACUUGUGUUUUGUCCUUA